AUGACAUUGAACGAACUUACAGGGUCAGAAUAUGAUUUUUCUAAAUGCCAAACUCAUACUCCUGGCAUACCAGAUUUCAAUUGUCAUCUUGUGGAAUUGCUUAUCCUGAUGAUUGAGGCAAAAAGAAAGCAUGUUUUAGAAGAUAUGGGCAAACAGACAUUUUUCGAGUUUUAUCAGACAAGUAAAGGCAAAGACGUAAUUCAACAAAUCUAUAAUUACAUGAGAGGAAACGAACUUAAAUACAGUAUUCUUACCACCUGCAAUAGUCACUGGUUUCUAUGCCGAGAACAUACAGAGCUCUGGAUCUCAAAAACCCUUUCACUGCAAUCCCUAACACGACAGGCAAAAGAGAAUUCCAACUCCCCUAAACCUCAAGUACUAGUGCUAGCUCACGGAGACAAUAAUUCACGUACUCUUCGAUCGCACUCAAAAUCAUCAUCCAACUUCUCAUUAAAUCAACAACAAACUUCUGGCACUUUUGCAAAUCAACAAUCAUCUUCUAACAUCCCCGUAGACCAGCAAAUUUUAGUUUCAGUGUUGAUUUAUCAAAAGCCCCACAUACAUCCUGAAAGAAAUGCAGAAAGAAGUCAAGAUUUACAAAGACUUCACAAAUAUUCAAGGCAAGUAUACUCCAAAGUUGAUCUGUUAUGGAUUUUAUGGAGAAGGGCUGUUAAGGGAUUAGAAGCGAUUCACAAGCAUGGUAUCCUCCAUAAUGACAUUCGGGAGGAAAAUAUCUUAAUUAACGAUAACGGUGAUGUCUAUCUGAUUGACUUCAGGAUGGCAAAUCGGGAGGACACAAAAAAGAAGAGAAAACUUUUCGAGGAGGAACAUCUCAAAUACACUAACUUGCUAGAUAGAUACAAUGCGUAA